AAUGAAUAUGGUUCGGCAUUUUAGCGGCAUGUGCAUGAAGAUUUGGAUGGCAUACCUUUAUUGCGCCCUCUGGUCAAGAUGUUGCAGUCAGUUACAAACGAGAGGGGCCUGGCAUUCAGAAAGUAGAGUUUACACCGAAGGAAGUUGGAGUACAUAAUGUAUCAGUGACCUAUCUGGGGGCUGAAAUGGGGGCCAGCCCGUAUCACUUCAAGACCUUUGAUCCCAAACUGGUCCGCCUUGCCAAGAUGCCUCUGGGGAUUCUCAACAUUCCAUUCAAAUUCAGAGUUCUUGGUGAUGAGGCUGGUGACGGAAAGAUGGAGGUAACUGUGGAAACGGAAGGGGAGAAAAUCCCUACAGAACUGGAGGCACUAGGGGAGGGAACUUUUGAGGUCACUUUUAUGGGAGAUGGGGAAAGGAGACAUGAGUUAUCCAUCCUGUUUAAUGGUGAACACAUUCCAGACAGCCCGAUGUCUAUCAACUUUGCGGAUGUUGACAAAAUUAGAGUCCAGCCUCCAAAACCUGCUCUGGUGCCCUGUAACAGGGAACUUAACAUGCAGAUGACCUCUGCCCCAUCGGCAAUCGACGACCUGGUGAUCACUAUACUUGGUCCAGUUUACAACAGCGUCCCAUACACACUUCGUAACCAUGGUGAUAGACUAUAUUCCAUAGACUGGUUGCCACUUAAGCCUGGAACGUAUGAUUUCGAGGUGAAAUAUGGGAAUGCUAUACCAGUCUGGGGCUGCCCUAUGAAGAUUGAGGCAUUUGAUUCCACCAAGGUCAAGGUCAUAGACAGAUACGAUGAGCCAAAAGUGGGACAAAGGCAUCUGAUCAAAGUUGAUGUGAGUGAAGCCGGUGCGGGUGACCUCACAGUGAUAAUAAUGAAUAGUGAAGGCACUGUCCAGUCUGCAGUAGACCAUGGCAUGGAUGACCUACUUUGGGUGACAUUUGACCUUGAGAAACCUGACCUUUAUGAUAUCUACAUUGCCUUUAAUGGGGAACCUGUACCUGGUUCUCCAUUCAAGUUAAACAUGAGAGAAUUUGAAGAUAAAACAGUAGCGUUGCCUAGCAACACAAAAUAUUUCAUCGUACAAGACAUACAAUGGUGUUUUCUUCAAAGUCUCGGGACACUUCUACCCUACAAUAUGUUGACAAUGUACAUCACAGGUUGCUAUGGAAACAGUUUCUUUCGAUUUCAAGCAUUAUGAUGGAUUGAAUUCGUAGGCUUGUGAGGUUGCAUGAAGGAUUAAAAUAGAAUUAAGCUGCGACGUAUGAACAGUUUGUAUGGCCUUGCCUUUAACCAACCCAUAAAAAGUUCUGAAACCUGAUUUAUUUUUCAGCCUUUCUUGGGGUUUUUUCUUCUUUUUCUCAACCAAUUUUUUUAAGAAAUUAAAGGGUUAGAAAUUUAUAAAAUAAAAUAAAGUACUUAAAUACCCUCCCCUAAAUGUCUGGUUUCAGUAAGGCUCCAGUUAUCACUAUUCUUUAUUUUGGCCUUAUGCAAAUGUAGUUAAAUAAAAAAAAGGAUAAUGGCGACGAAAACCAGCGGCAUAAUUCUGCAUGAUGGUUGCUGCAUUGAAUUGGUAUGAAAUAAAGUCGGAGGGAAUUAUUGUAUGUUUCAAGAAUACUUUUGCUUUAAAAGUAGACUUCAAUCUGUACCUUCUGUUCAAGGGUUGAAUUUUUGCAUGAUAUUAGAUAUUUCAGUUAAUCAGAAGUGUAAGGCAUGAAGAUGGAAGGAAAAUAAUGUGUUUAUGUAUGAACUUUAUAUGCAUAAUUCAUCGUUGCAUGAGAAAUAUGAUAUAUUAGAACAUCAAUUGCAUUUAUAAUUAAUUCCAUCAAUUGAAUGUUGAUCAUAACAUCUAUGUUGCUAUUGUUAUAAGUAUUGAUUUGCCUACAUCAUAUUUGUAGGAUGUGAUUUACAGUAUCAUGUAUGGGUAUUGUUAGAGAAAUAAAUGUUUUAACAGGUUCAAUUUUUGAUCUUGUAUUUUCAUUCAAGCCACAUGUAAUACAAAACAUCGGCUAA